AUGGGAUCGCCAUAUCUCCUCGCUCACGGUAACGGCAAGCCAGUCUCGGAUGCAACAACUACCAUAUCAGCGGAAAAGGGACGUUACAAUGUUUGGGUUCGAGCCAAGGACUGGGUUCCAGCUCAUCAUCCUGGUCAAUUUACCCUGACUAUCAACGAAAACACGCUUGACACAGUAUUCGGCGUCAAUGGCAAAGAUUGGCACUGGCAGUAUGCUGGCACAGUAGAUCUCCUAGGGGAUGACGUGCGACUGGUGCUGCACGAUCUGACGGGAUUUUGCGGCCGUUGCGAUGCAAUCUUUCUCAGCAUGGAGGACACAUCGCCGCCCAAUGGAAUAGACGAAGCAUCGCGUGCCUGGCGGAGAGGACUACGUGGUAUACCUGAUCAGCCUCACAAUGCAGGGUCAUUCGAUGUUGUUGUCGUCGGAGGAGGCAUACCUGGCUGUACAGCCGCAUUAGCAGCUGCACGAAUGGGGGAUCGUGUUGCCCUUAUUCAAGACCGUCCUUACCUCGGCGGCAAUGCCAGCGUAGAGAUCGGGCUCACUCCACGCGGUAUGACCAACUCCAUCAUCCAAGAGCUCUCUCAUCGCGACCUCGACGGCGACCCAGUCGCGAAGCAGCUGCUUGAUGCAGAACCCAACGCCACAGCGUUCAUGGAAUACACUGUUUACGAUGCAGCCCUCACCGGUUCGCAGAUAACAUCGGUGAAGGCCCGACAUGCCCGCACUAGAAAGGAGAUUUGCCUUUCAGCUCCAGUCUUCAUUGAUUGCUCUGGCAAAGCCAUUCUUGGUAUCUGCACUGGCGCAGAGACCCUUUUUGGUCAGGAGUCCAAGGCGAUGGCCACUGAGGUCGCCAAAGACUACUCUGAUCUUCGGGGUCAGCUCAAUAAGCCCGGUCUUGAGAAUGGCCCGGGACCUCUUGUUGUGCCUCCGAAUUUUGUACUCGAUCCUGCCAUGGAUAUGAAGAUGAAGGGACCUCUUACCCACUUCUGGGAGUACGGCCAAUGGCUCGAUCCAUAUACUAAUGGUGAACAUAUUCGGGACCAUCUCUUGCGCGCCAUCUACGGGACUUUCCACAACGUGAAAGAGAUGGAGCCCGAGACUUACGCGAAUCUGGAAUUCGAUUGGGUAGCAUCUGUGGCUGCUCAGGGAGAGUUCAAGAAGUACAAGGGAGACUACAUUCUUACAGAGACCGAUAUCCGCGAUCACAAAGUCUUCCCCGACGCUGUGGUUCAGAAUGCAGGCGCCUUUUGUCUACAUUACCCAGGCGACAAAAAGUACGACUUCCGUCUGCAGGCCUGGGAAUGGGAUGAGCGGGAUAAAAAGCCUUACGACAUCCCUUUCCGGUGUCUCUAUUCGUCUAAUAUCUCGAACUUGAUGAUGGCGGGGAAACAUAUCAGCACUACGCACAUUGGGGGAUCCAACGCCAAGUUCAUGGCCAAUGGAGGAUGCCACGCUCUGGCAACAGCUGCCGCGGCGCACUUGUGCAUUAAGCACCAAACCAAUCCUCGUCGUAUCUAUGAGAAACACCUUCAAGAGUUGAAGGCAACUGUCAUCCGCCAGGGCCAGGGUAUCUGGGACAGAAAAUCGGACAACAGACUGUAA